AUGUGCUUCAAAAUAACGUCUCCCGUGCGAAUAGGGCGAAAGUGUGUAAGGGGAGACGGGAAUUCAUUCCCAAUUUCUACCUACUACCUCCAGCCCCCUUACAUGUCUUUCCCCCGCACGAGGAUCGAGACAUCCGCUCCUGGCGUGGCCGAAUCUCUUCAUCCACAAUUCAUUUGUCCUCUGUUCACUAUUUGCCAUGAUUCCGACUCGAGACUAGCGUUCUCGCCGAAGAAGCUAUGA